AAAACUGUCACGACACUAACGUGACAGUCCGUUUUCAGUAGUUUUUCGCCACUUGAGUUAAUAUUUGUCGUGUAAAAUUGGUGGAUAUGAUGUAAAUAUAUUGACGUUUGUAUUUUUUAUUCAAUACUUGUAUUAACGUUUGUUCCAUACGCUUAUUUAGCGGUUAGCACGGCCGGACGUUAAGGGUAACCUUGACGUGCAUGACUGUAGUUUUCUCCAAGUGUUGACCGGUUAAUGUACUGAAACAUAAAACAUGUCGGCUUUUUGUCGCAGUUUAAGCUCAUCGGUUAAGAUCCUGGCAGGACCUACACUGCCUUCCCCUUGUGCGUGGUUUGUGUCUACACGCAGCAAAUUUACCAAAGCAAGAAUCAAAAAAGAGCUUUUUGAAGCAAGAUCAAAAGAACAUGAGAAAUAUGGAGGAGAUCCAGACCAGCCUCACAAACUUCACAUAGUGACACGAGUCAGGAGUGCGUUGAGGAGGCCGUACUGGGAGAAAGAUAUGGUGAAAUACUUCGGUCUUGAAAAGGCACAUGUACCUGUAAUUCACAAAAACACACCUGCAGUCAAUAGCCAGCUGAAAUUCAUCAAGCAUCUUAUAAGAAUCGAGCCACUGAGGACGCCGUAUGGACUCCCUGCUGAAGAGGACAUGGCUGACACAUACAUUAACAGUAAAGGAGAGUUGGUUGUUCGUCGCCUCAUCCAUCCUGUAGAGCCCAAGGCCAUCGAAUCUUAACUUUACUUUCAAUCACACCAGUGAAAAAUGGUUUGGUGACAAACUGAUCCAUAAAAGGGUUGGUGGGGCUGCAGGUUUUUAUUGAAACUAAGCAGGAACACAUCUGACUCAACUCACUCAAUCACCCAAACUGUCUUAACACAGUUGCUUUGUUGGCUCGGGUGUGCUCCUGUCUGGUUGGAACAAGAACCUGCAGCCACAUGGCUCUUUAAUGGAUCAGCUUGGCAGCCCUGGUUAAACUGUCCAUAAACAUCAUGGGAAAGCUUGUGCUACACAGCUUCAUUUUGUGGUUCCACUACACUGAGACAUUUGGUUUAAAUGGGGUCCAGAAUGUAAAUGUAAAUUCAAAUGCAGACUUGUAAGUCAUACAUGCAGCUGUUGUGAUGGAAAAAUCUGUUUUCCAUGACAAAUUUUGCCUCAUUUGUUAUUAAAUAUAUCUAAAAACAAAUUAAAAACCUUUUGAAAUGAUAUGCAGCAUGUUUCCCUUUUGCUUGUAUUUAAUGGACACCUGUUGAGUCAGAGUACUAAGACAAUUGUUACACCUUAUUUCACACACACACAGGUGUUUUCACUUAUUUAAUGAUUAGUCCUUGUUACAGGAAUGUAGCUGUUAGAAUGUACUGUUUACAAAUUGUAUAUCUAAUCCAUCCAUUCAUCAACUAUAUCUGCUUGUCCUUAAGAUUUGUUUUUGCAAUAAGUAUAUAAGAAAUUAACAAACGUCCUAAUGUCCUAUAUCUAUA